CGCAUCAUCAUGAUUAUUAAUUUUCAAUGAACAGCGGUAUUUUGACAGCUGCUGCUGUCAGUUUGACGUUUGACAGCUGUUUAACAGCUAAUUAAGUGAUGAUCGAUGAAUAUCAAAUACAGUAACAAAUAAACAACAGGAUCAUGAUCACUGUCGAAUAUUACUCAUAUUAUAUUCGAUUCACGUAUACUUUGUCGUUCAGUUUCGACAUGUCUGAUAUCGCGGAAAAUCUUCUCACACAAUAUUACGGAUUGUCUAAGAAAUCAGAAACUGAAAAUUUUCUAUCAAUUCACGAAUGUGUAAGCAACGUGGAGAAUAAUGUAGAGAAAUUAAUUGGCGAACAAUCAACCGUGGACACGGAUGGCAAUGACACAUCUCAGGAAACGGAAGUGCAAGGAAAUGACGUUGAAAGCGAGGAAGAAAAUUCCGAAAUUGACAUUCCGGUGAGAUCCUCGCGAGCAUUAGAAUGGGAAGCACUAGAAAAUGAUGAAACAUCAUCUGGAUUCGAUAUUAUUUUCGAAGCAAAUACAGCGAGUAAUUUGCAUGAAAAUACAAGCGCUUUUUCCGGCAAAGAGACACAAGAUCAUAAUACUAAAAUCAUCACCCUAGAUCCGGAAGACAACGAAGGGAACGAUUCCUAUCUCUCACUUAGCGAAGAUGUAUUACCGGAUAGCGCUUCAGACGUUUCCUCGAUAGUAGGAAAGAAAAAAAAGAAGUCUCCAGAUGUGUGUAUUUCACCCUCGACACCACCGCCAAAUAGAUCUGCAAUAUGCAACGAGACAUUUGUAGAUUUAACGAGCACUGGUCUUACGUCAUUUCCCAUUGAAGUGCUCGAGAAAUAUCCUACAAUACAAAUGCUAUAUCUAGAAAAUAAUAAUCUCUCUGAGCUCCCGAAAGAGCUUUUCAUUUCUUUGCCACAUUUGCAAUGGCUGGACGUUCGAAAUAAUCAAUUGACAAAUUUACCUACGAGUAUUCGAGCGCAUUCUUCGCUGGAGAGCAUUCUGCUACAAGGAAAUAAAUUCGAGAAAUUGCCAUUAGAACUAUGCCUGGUACCAAAUCUUAAAAUACUCAAUAUAGCAUAUAAUCCUAUCAGUACACCUCCAAAGGAUAUUAUAGCUCUUGGAUGUUCCAGUAUUCUCAAUUAUCUUCGUACUGAAUGGAAUAAAUUGCAUCCGGAUGAGCCAGCGAUAUCUGUGGAUCAAAAAAUUGAACCAAACUUAUCAACGAUUUUGUGUUAUCAAUCUCCUCACGAAAAGCGACGAAAAUUAUCAAAAGUUUCGCAACGAGCGUCAAAAAGCACGAAUGAUAUCGGCGGUUCAUUCAAGGGAGUUUCAGUCAGGAAGAGGAGCAGAGCUUACAAACCCAGUAACAGAUGCGAAAAUAAAGGAACUAAUAUUGCUAUGGAACAACGACUGCAAUGGAUGUUUAAAGCGAGAGAUUUGUUCAGUGCACAAUCGUCAACAAUUCAGAAAAUUAAAGACUCGAAUGCUAUAAAAGAAUGGAAACGUGAUAAACGAAGUUUUAGUAAAAGCAUGGAGAAAGUAUCGAAAAGAAAUGAAGGCGAUAUUCCGUUUGCAAUCGACAUUAAAGAUUAUCCUGGGAUACGAAAACAACCACAACAAACGGGAAAAUAUGCGAUUAAUCAGAUAUGUGGAAAAUUAAACUUUGCUGCACCAGAAAAUAUAAAUAACAAGAUUCAAGAAUUACUAGGAUCUUUGCAAAAGUUUGACAUUACGAAAUCUUCAGAAAUAUUGACACCUAAAUCGAAACAAAAAUAUUUACAAACCGAGAUUAAAAAGCUCUCGCAUUUUCAAAAGGAAGUUCAAAAUUUAAGAAGAUUCAACGAAGUUAUAUCCGCUCCGAUGAAUCCUCCAAACAGUUAAUCUCAAUGUUUUCUUUUCUGAUUUUUAUUCGGAGAGAUUUCUACUUUGAUCUAUUACUAUUUAUGAAAAAUUCUAAGCUCAGUAUCAGUCUUGAAGUAUUUAUUCAAAUAAAACGGUAUUAAUCACACACGCACGUAUUACAAUAUUAAUUUCAUGUUCAGUUUCAAUAGCACUUGUCGAGACAAUUGGACAGACAUAUGUCAUCGUUAUAAGAAAUGCAUUUUUUCUAUAAGAUAAGAAAACUGAAAUUGUAUUAUAUUCAACGAACAUAUCAUAUCUACUAUUAACAUACAUACGAUAAAAAGACGUGUGUGUAUGUCAAAAAUACACUUACAAAUAUUAUUGAAAUUAUUUAUGAGAAAAUUCGCACGCAUUCUUUCCAAUCUCCUCGCCAGUGCAUUCGAUUCACUUUGCUGUUAUCGCUAUAUUCAGUAUAAAAAUCUUAAAAGCCACAAUUAUUACCACUAAAUAUAUGCAAAUAUUUAUGCGAUAACUACGGAUGUUCUUUCUUUUUUUUGUACAUGGCACUUAAUCAAAUCUCGUAAUAAAGUUUGGAGGUAUAUAAUAUACAGGAUUCUCUUGGAAAACUAUCUCAAACAGCACAGUAAAUUGUUACUGUAAUCAGUACCAUCGAUAGAGACAAAUAAUCUAUAUUGUUGUGGUUAGUUUUUUUUUAUAUAUCCUUACUACUUAUAUUAAUUCUGUACAUUUCACACGCUCUAAUGCAUUUAUAACUUAUACAGAUAGAUAAUGGUCAACUUAUUAAUAAAGAUACAAUAAGAAAAAUUAAUUUUGUGUAUAUAUAUAACGUGCGUUUUUGUUCUCAUUACAAUAUUGCGCUUUUUGUUUUAUAUUUGCUUAUGACGUUACUCGUGAUAUAAAAAGUGUCUUUCUUUUAAUGAUCAAUACAUUCUAUGUCAAUUAAUAGUGCGCUUUCACAAAAGGAUUAAAUUAAGUUAAAAUAAUAAUGUAUAAUCUCCUGCAUAUUUAUAAUGCCGAAUAUAUGACUUCAAUAUGGAAGAUAGUAUCUACAAUACCUUGCUCAUAUGUUCAACAAUAAUUGAUUAUGAUAAAGGAAUGAUACUUUUCAUAAAAAUUUUUUAUAUAUUUGAUCACAUUUUGUAACAUAUACAUGUAUUGCACACGUAAUUGUAAAGCGGAUCAAGAUAAUCUAUAAUAAAAACUAUAAAAGGUAAAAUUAUGUAUAAGAUCUAA